AUGAACUUCAGAUCAGCCACAAUGGAUGACUGGGACGAGAGUGAUGAACUUAUCCAGAAACUGGAUUUUUCCAGCUGCGCUGAAGAGAAUGAGAUGGAAGAGGACAGUAGUAUACAAGAAGAGGCUCCCCAAAGUUCAAGCCCCCAGAAGAGCUGGGAUUUUCAGAGUUGGAGAGUUAACAGUUCUCUUGCAGUAACCCCCAAAAGAAAAGUCGUUGAUGUGUCUCUGACUCGUACUAAAACAUGGGUGAGUCCCACUGUGGACUCUGCUUCAUCCUUGAGAAAGAAUGCUGGUCCUGCCUGGGAAUGUCCUGGGACUCCACUGCAUUACGUCACCUGGAGAAAACUACAGCUGUGUGACACCCCGCACACUCCCAAGAGUCUCUUAACAAAGACUGCUUUUCCUUCAACUGUGGGAAAAUUCCCCUCCAAAGGUCCCCGGCACUUGAGAUUUACUCCUGGUGCUGAUCCAGAUGAUUCUGCCCAGGCUUCGCUGGUCAACAUUAACCCAUUUACACCAGAGUCAUAUCGACAGAUGCUCUUCCCUCCCAAUGGCAAGAGGAAAGCUAGAGGAGAGCUUGUGUGUCCAGGCUCACUUGUGGCUAAAUCUCAUUUUAGGGGAGAUCUCACUCUAAGCGGGGGCAAGGUGGAGCAGGGGCUGCCAGCCAAGAGAUUUCUCUUGAGAGAGAGCAACAUGGUUUCCCGCUACAAGAAGGAAUUCCUGGAGCUAGAAAAAAUUGGGGUAGGAGAAUUUGGCUCUGUCUACAAGUGUAUCAAACGCCUAGAUGGAUGUGUGUAUGCUAUCAAGCGCUCGAAGAGGCCUCUGGCAGGAUCCUCAGAUGAGCAAAUGGCAUUGCGGGAAGUCUACGCCCAUGCAGUGCUUGGACACCAUCCCCAUGUUGUGCGCUACUACUCCGCUUGGGCAGAGGAUGAUCACAUGAUCAUUCAGAAUGAACACUGCAAUGGUGGGAGCCUUCAAGAUGCGCUGUUGGAAAAUGCUAAGACUGGGCGCUAUUUCCAAGAAGCAGAGUUAAAGGAGAUCCUGCUGCAAGUUUCCAUGGGGCUAAAGUACAUACACAGCUCUGGCCUGGCACACAUGGACAUCAAACCUAGUAACAUCUUCAUCUGUCACAAGCUGGUGACUGAUGGCUCCGCUGCUCAGGAAGAGAGCGACAGUGAAGAUGAUGGGUUCUCUUCCAAUGUGGUGUAUAAAAUUGGUGACCUGGGCCAUGUGACAUCAAUAACUAAUCCCCAAGUGGAGGAGGGAGACAGUCGUUUUCUGGCCAAUGAGAUUCUGCAAGAGCAAUACUGCUAUCUGCCAAAGGCAGACAUCUUUGCCCUUGCAUUAACAAUGGCUCUAGCAGCAGGGUCAGGACCACUGCCUCGCAAUGAUGCCAUGUGGCACCAUAUCCGCAGGGGCAACCUUCCACCAAUCCCUCAGCAGCUCUCACAUGGCUUUCAUGGACUCCUUAAGCUCAUGGUUCACCCUGACCCAGUUGCAAGACCAUCCGCCACGGCUCUUACUAAACACCCAAUUCUUCGGCCCUCUCUUGGAAAAGCUGCACAGCUCCAGAAGCAGCUAAAUGUGGAGAAGUUUAAGACUGCCAUGCUGGAAAGGGAACUGAGAGCAGCCCGUCUUGCUCAGACCUUCAGGAAGGACCAGUCCUUGGGAUGUGCCAGACUAGAGUCUGAAACCUCUUCCAAACAGAACUGCAACAAGCGCCUGGUAGGAGGGAAGAAUUCUCGCUCAUUCAGCUUUACAUGGGGGGGUUACUGA